AAUAUAACAAGAACCCUCGCCCGUUCUCACUUUUCAUUCCAUCCAUCGCUCUCCCUCUCUCUUCAUUGCUCGCGCACAAAAUUCUUUCCCAACAAUGAAACCCUAAGCUUUGAAUUCGGCUAGGAUCUCCUCGUAAAUCCUUCUUUUUUCGGGAACCAAGAGCCGGAGUUGAAACCUCCAUCUUUAUUUGUACAGAGGGACCUCCUCGAGACCAAGACCCGUGCCUAGAAGCCGUUUCUCCACUAACCUGUGAUUAGCAUGCUUUGCUCAUUGUCUUAACAAGCAAGGAGGGACUUAAUUGAUAGUGAAAUCCGUUAAAGAUGGUUUUGAACGUUGAUCUGAAUGACCGUCCUGCUGAAAGCUGGCAGUUUGAGGAUGAUGUUGCUCCUAUUGAUCUGCAGCAUGAGCAGAUAACUAUUAUGGGAACUCCUGGAUCCUUUCUUUCACCAAUUGAUGCAGAUGCCAUACCUGAUGAUGAUGUCAUUUUGCUACCUUCCUCUGCGUGGGUUUCUCCGGCCAAAAGCCAGUCAAGGAGGAAACGGCCAGUUACAGUUGUUAUUGAUGAGGGCAUGGAAACAAAUACUUGGCAAUCAGGAGUUGUGGAGGAACCAGUAACAACUUUGUCACUUAGUAUCCAAAAAUUGCAUACUUCAAUUCCUUCAGGAAGAACAAUCAUUGAUUGCGAUUUGAAUGCAAAUGAAAAAUGCAUUCCGAAGGAAAUGAGGCCAAAUCCUGCGACGUGGGAGGCUUCAGCACCAAGCAAGGAACAUAAUAUAACAUGCCCUGUAUGCUUGGGCUCAUUAAAUGAGCCUUCGACCACGAUCUGUGGUCAUUUGUUCUGUCGUAGCUGCAUUGAGACUGCAAUCUUAAAGCAGAAGAAGUGUCCUACAUGCCGGAGGAAGCUCACAAAGAGGAACUUCCACAGGGUCUACCUCCCAUAAAGUUAAGGGAUUUUUAUUUUUUCCCUUUGUAACAUCUCUUGUAAACGCCUUGAUUCAGCUUCUGGAAAAGAAAAUUAGCUUGAGCAGCAGAACCUCGUGGAUCUGAAGAAUUUGCUGCGGUGCUGUUACUGGAAAGCGUGUAACCAUUAUUGCCUCCAGCUUUGCUGUUUUAGCGGAUGACCAAUUUUGAUAAGUGGGUGGAGUUCUGCUGUAAGGAGGUAUCUUGUUUUAAUUUGGUUUUGGUAAUAGUUUAGCUAUAUUGCAGAAGGAAAAAUAGUGUAAGUUACAAGUGAAUUGAAGAUUUAUUCAAAUUAUUAUGGCAUUGCUUCCUUUGCUCCA